GUACAGCACUCUUUUGCAAAUAAACAAUUUGUCAUACAAUAACUUUAAUAACAAAACGAAAAUGCUCGAAAACUGCCAGAGAUACCACAUGGUACUGGGCCUGGGUGCCCUCACCCUCGUGACCAUUCUGGUGCUCAUCAUUGAAUCCCGCUAUGCGGCCGAAGGACCACGCAGGCGGGAGCAGCAGUUCCUCAUCGAAAACAACUCGACCUGCUGGCGCCAUGAGCCAUAUACCGUGCUGCAGGAGUGCCAUCCCUGCUCGGAGUUCGACAUAGUCAGCAAGAGUCUGGGCGUCUGCAUACACACCCACUACAAGGAGGUGCUGCGCUGCAAGAGCGGCGAAAUUGUGACCAAAAGCUGCGAUCGCGUGGCCCUCAUCGAGCAGCGCAACUUCAUCAAGUUCGAGUCUGCUUGCUUCGUGCUGGGCGUGCUCAGCUAUCUCAUUGGCUAUGCCAGGGAUCGUGUGCUGUCGCGGAGAACCUACCUGAAGAUUGAGCGGCAGCUGAACCGGGUGCCAUAGGACCUCCAGGGGAUCCCGAUUGACGGAUGAUACUCAGUGCAUGUGGGGAAGGUACAAUUAUUUUAUUUUUGUUAGCAUUAAGUACAUACAUUAUACACGUUGAAAUACCUUUGUUAAAAUUUCAUUUCGCUAAUACUAGUGGGGAAAAUAUUGCAAGUUUGUGGAAUGCUUGUUUGUGGCAGGUUGGGAGGGGGUAGGACGAUGUCGCCACCAGAUCUGGGCGGCGCAUCUGGUCAACACAAUUUGGUGCUAAUAUAUAAUAAUAUGUAUAACAUUUUGAUUUCGGUAAAUAACAAUAUUCGGCGCAUAA